AUGGUCAACGUUGGUAUCAACGGUUUCGGUCGUAUCGGACGUAUCGUCCUCCGCAACGCCAUCGAGCACGGUGACCUCGAUGUCGUCUCGAUCAACGACCCCUUCAUCGACCUCGACUACAUGGUCUACAUGUUCAAGUACGACUCGACCCACGGCCGCUUCAAGGGCACCGUCGAGGCCAAGGACGGCAAGCUCGUCAUCAACGGCAAGGCCAUCGCCGUCCACGGCGAGCGUGACCCCGCCAACAUCCCCUGGGGCAAGGACGGCGCCGAGUACAUCGUCGAGUCCACCGGUGUCUUCACCACCGAGGAGAAGGCCUCUGCUCACCUGAAGGGCGGUGCCAAGAAGGUCAUCAUCUCGGCCCCCUCUGCCGACGCCCCCAUGUUCGUCUGCGGUGUCAACCUUGAGGCCUACAAGCCCGAGUACAAGGUCAUCUCCAACGCUUCGUGCACCACCAACUGUCUCGCUCCCCUCGCCAAGGUCGUCCACGACAAGUACACCAUCAUUGAGGGUCUCAUGACCACCGUCCACGCUACCACUGCCACCCAGAAGACCGUCGACGGUCCUUCGCACAAGGACUGGCGUGGAGGCCGUGGCGCUUCCGCCAACAUCAUCCCCUCGUCGACUGGUGCCGCCAAGGCCGUCGGCAAGGUCAUCCCCUCGCUCAACGGCAAGCUCACCGGCAUGUCCUUCCGUAUCCCCACCUCGGACGUCUCCGUUGUCGACCUCGUCGUCCGCCUCGAGAAGGGCGCUUCGUACGACGAGCUCAAGCAGACCAUCAAGACUGCUUCCGAGUCCAAGGAGCUCAAGGGCAUCCUCGGCUACACCGACGAGGAGGUCGUCUCCACUGACUUCCUUGGCUCGACCGAGUCGUCCAUCUUCGACGCCAAGGCCGGUAUCUCGCUUAACCCCAACUUCGUUAAGCUCAUCUCCUGGUGUGAGUACUCUGUCCUAGCGCCGUCGCCGUCGUGGAUCCAGCCGGAUCCGGGAUAG